AGGGGUUGUUCUUCGGAAGCCUCGUGUCUAUCUAACUCUUUCUUCAUUAUCAUUUUUUUUUGUGGUGUGGAAUUUUGCUUCAACGUUUCGUUACCGGUGAAAUCCGUGGACCAAAGAAGUCUUUUUCGGUUACCCCGUAUUUCGCGCCAGUUAUUGGCAACUUGAUGCUCAAGACAUGAAGGUCCGGGACAAGAAAUUCUCAUUGCACUCAAACAAGGUGUACGACUGCUCCUACAUGAAACUGCAAGCGUUGAAUAUCAUCACGACGAAGCUGUUGGGACGAGAAUUGUAUUUGGUUUAUGAUUUGUGUCACCUUUUGUCCGACGAUUCUGCGCAUUUUCCGGUGAGUCUUCUCUGCAUGUGUCCCGUUGGGCCACGUGGUGACGUCACCGAGGCCAGCGACGUGUCGAAAUACCCUUCGCGUGCCCGCGGGGCAUUCGGUGGAUUCACUGGAUGCAUGGGACAGGUGCUGUGUGUUUAUCCCAACAGCAUUGUUCAAUCAAAACGCACCCAGUCUACGGGAAGCCAACUGCACCAGGGGGGAAGUGGAGGCACGAGUCCUGCGGCCCUCGGGCCACAUCAACAACAGCAACAUCACCACCAACAGCAGCAAGCUGGCCUGCAUCAAGUGCUGGCCCAGCAGUACCAGGCCCUACUGCUGGCCCAGCAACAAACCGUGCCGCCGGGAGCGGUUCCUCCGAGACCCUACGACCAACAACAACAACAAAUACAUCAUCAUCAUCAUCAGCAGCAGCAGCAGGUCCUUGCGUCGGACCAGCACCAGUUUGUUUCUGCCGCCUUUGGGCCACUCGGCAUGGUGUAUCCAGGAGGUGGCGGCGUGGUGCCUAUGGCCACGUCGGAAGGGGUACCAUUCCAUCAUGGUCUAGCGCCGCCACCGCCGCCGCCACCACCAUCCGUCAUGAGACCAGGGGUCGCCGCUGAUCUCAAUGGGUUCCCGAGGUACUUUGAUCAGAACGGGGACUUUCAUGGCAGCGCGCAUGGAGCACUGGCAGGGAUGUUGCUGCAGAGCAUGAAAGGUCUGCCUCCAGGCUUUUUUCCACCUGCACAUUCAGUCCCCACUAUUGAUUUCGGCAGCAAGGCCGAGCUUUUGGCACUGGGCAAAAGCCCCGACGGCGACGACUCGUCGCCCCAGCAUGCCCUACAAUUUUCGCACCCACUUUCGGCACUGGGUGCCAGGUCCGUGUUCCCAGCUCAAGCCCUGGGCAAAUGGCCCCUGCCGAUGAACCUGGGUCCCGCGGGGUAUCCUCCUCCUCCUCCGGAACUGGGCUGGAACCCGGACGUCCUGUUGUCUGCCUCGACCCUCGGCGUGCAUCAGUUGCCCGGGUUUGCUGCUGGGUUUCUGCCUGCCAAUAACGGACCUGCUGCAGCAGCUGCAGCUGCUGCUUCUGCUGUCCUCAGGAACAUGGACUUACUCAAGCCUGCGUCCGGAAGGAGCGGGUUGCUGGAAGAUUUCAGACACGAGUGUGCGAUUGUUAAACUCGGCGAGAACAACACUUGCUGCUGGUCUGUGAACAACAGGCUGAGCUAUUUGGCCCUGCAAGACAUCGAGAACCACGUCGGGGAGUUUGCCCAAGACCAGCACGGCUCCAGGUUCAUCCAACAAAAGUUGGAGCUAGCGACACCCGCGGAGAGGCAGAAAGUUUGCUCUGAAAUCCUGCCCCAGGCCUUCAGUCUCAUGACCGACGUCUUUGGCAACUACGUCAUUCAGAAGCUCUUCGAAUUCGGCGCCUUGGACCUCCAGUCCUCUUUGCUGGAAAAGAUGAAGGGAAAGGUGAUGCAGCUGUCCCUGCACAUGUACGGUUGCCGAGUGGUCCAGAAAGCACUGGAAACGACGCCCAGGAAUCUGCAGGAGAGCGUAAUGGAGGAAUUGCAUGGCAAUGUGAUGAAAUGCAUCAAGGACCAGAAUGGGAACCACGUGAUACAGAAGUGUGUGGAAAGCGGAGACCCGGAAUCUAUCCAGUUCAUUGUGGACGCCUUUGCGGGCCAGGUGUGUUCCCUGAGCACGCAUCCCUACGGCUGUCGCGUGAUCCAGCGCAUUCUCGAGCACUGCCAGCCGCCGCAAGCCGAGUGCCUGUUGUCGGAGCUGCACGGCAGCCUGGAGCAGCUCAUGCUGGACCAAUAUGGCAACUACGUGGCCCAGCACGUGCUCGUGCACGGCGGCGCCGAGGAGAAGCGCCGCAUCGUGUCCUUCGUCAGAGGCAAAGUCCUGUCGUUGUCGCAGCACAAAUUCGCGUCGAACGUCGUCGAGAAGUGCAUCAAGUACGCCACGCCGGAAGAGCGGGCCGAGUUGGUGGACGAGGUUUGCGCCGUGGCGACGCCGACGACGGGUGCUACUCCUGCUACUGGGUGUGCCCUGCACGUGAUGAUGAAGGACCAGUUUGCCAACUACGUGGUGCAGAAGAUGCUGGACCUGGUGGAGCCCGGCCAGAGGAAGGUGAUGGUGGACCUCAUCAAGCCCCACGUGGCGGUCCUGCAGAAGUUCACGUAUGGCAAGCACAUCCUGGCCAAGCUGGAGAAGUUCGUGGGUCAGAACGGAACGAGUCCAGCGCCGAUUGUCGCCUCUUCGGGAACUGUUGGAGGAACCACUGUGAAUGGUGUCAACAACAAUCACUUGCUUGUUAGGGAGGUGAAGAAAGACGCUUGAAAUCUGACAGUACGCGUUCGCCUGUUUCAAAACGAAGACAGCUGGAUGAUUUGCAUAUUUUCCAGCAAAUUUAUGGCUAUGCUGAACACGAAGGAUCAAUUGCUGCUGCUGCUGAUGGGACCCAUGAUGGAACGACCUGAGUUCAGUUUGCGUAUAGACAAGCUUUUUUUGCAUCGACGACGAAUGAAUCUGACUUCAAGUUUAUUAUCUCGACGAAAUCUUGCCCUUGUCUGAUGAUAUGUUGGAAGGAUUGUGAUGAUGGAAAAAAAAAAGAAAAGAAAACAUAUGAUGCGUGUAACCCACCUUUGAAUGCAGGAGAUGAUGAAUUAGCAGCAGGCUUUUGCUCGAAAACAGACCAAAUGCUUUUUCGGGUCUUUUGAUUCAACAAUGUGACAGCGAUUUUUGAGAUGAGUAUAGGGAUGAAGGAAAAGAAAGCACAAUUUCAUGCUGAAACGUUUCGUUUGUUGGAUUGUAUUGUAUAGCGUGGAUUGGUGUUUGCGUUGUAUAUUCCGUCGCAUUCGUCUAUAUAUAUAGUCGCUCAAAUGUUUUACAGUGUGUAUACAAAAGCCCGGGAACCAGCUUAUCCAUCCUUCAGCUGGUCAAGUGUGCAACCCUUCCCAAGAUAUUUUUUUUUCUCGAUAUCUCUCUGUGCUGAAACCCUUACCAAAGACUUUUAUCAAAAAUUUGAUCUUAUAUACCUGUAACUGAGAUCCCUUCCUAAGAGUAAAUCAUACUGACUGGCUGUAGAAUGGCUAAUAUGCGCACAAAUGUUUUGCUGAGAAGUUUCUUGAUUUGAUGAGAAAACUGUGGUGUAUGGACCUGCUGCUCUGGGGGUUCCAUCGGAAUUUGAACCACUUCAGCGCAUGAUUGAUGAAGAAUCGCGAUUCAGCAAAGGGACUGUUUUGAAUGAGUGACUUGUAUAUAGAAUACAUGCCUGAUGGCAGAGAACAUAUCUUAUAUGUUUGGUUUCACAAGUUCUGCUGGUGACCUAUUUGUGAUGUGUUUUUUUGUGUCCUGAGAAAAACCGGGUUAUCAUCAUAUAA